AUGGAAGGACCGUUUGAUCCAGAAAUGUACACAAAACCCUUCCAACUCACCAAAACAAUGCAUCGUGAGCCAUACGAUGAUAUCCUCCCAUCUAUCCCCGAGAACUCCCAACAAGGCAAGAUCAUAGUCAUCACAGGCGCCUAUGGAGGCAUUGGGUCAGCUGCAGCUUCUGUAUGGGCUCAAGCAGGAGCCUCAGUCGUUCUCACAGGUCGCAACGAGGAGAAGCUCGCCGAAGCUGAGCAAAAAGUGAAAGAUGUCGCGACUAAUUCGAACUCUACGGCAACCAUUCUCAGCAUCCCAGUAGACGUUACUAAAGAGGCUGACGUUCAGAACCUCUUCAAGAAGAUUCAAGAAGUUUUCGGUCGUCCGGCAGAUAUCCUCAUCAACAACGCCGGCCCAACAGGUGCAAUCGGUCCUUCAGCACAAGUCCCUUGGGAUGGCUUCGCCGAAGUCGUCAACGCGCACUUCCUCGGCGCUGCGCUCAUGGCGAGAUUUUUCAUCAACAGCCAACCCACACCAACGGAUCCUGUCGGCACGAUCAUUUACAUCACCUCAACAAUGGCAGGUCUUAUGGUGCCAAACUUCGCGGCAUAUGCGAUCUCCAAGUUAGCGGGUCAGCGCUUCACGGAGUAUCUUGAUGCUGAAUAUCCUCGUCUAAGGGCCUUUACGCUUUCUCCUGGAAUCACGGGGACGGGGAUGACGAAUGAGUUCUUUAGGCCGUUUGCGAAGGAUGAUGUGAGGAUGGUGGGAAUGAUGGCGUUGUAUUUGGUGAAUGAGAGGGCGUAUUUCUUGAAGGGUGGGUUUGUAAAUGUUAACUGGGAUAAUAGGGAGAUGGAGGAGAAUAGAGAGGAGAUUAAAGAGAAGAAGUUGGUGAAGUUGGGGUGGAUUUCGGCUCAGUUGGGAGAAGGCGGACAUCCUUUUGGGACUAGUGGAAUAUGGGAACAUUGA